CAUGCAGUAAUAUGACAUUCCUUUCAGCACGAAUAUUUCAUAUACGAAGAAACUCUGUUUUAUCCUUUACAAGUGCACUUGCCAAAUUACAAACAGGAAAUAAUCGACAGCAAUAUAUACAACGUCUUUAUCUUCAACCUCGUUGCACUUUAUCAAAUUCAACAUCAAGUACAGAUGCUAUUGAAACCACACACUCUGACUUUAAGACCAUCGAAAACAAGAUGUUGUCACCAUCCCUUAAUGAGAUCCAUCCUAAUCAAUCUAAUCUUGAGCAAGAUCCAGCACAAUCAAUCGCUGCAUUUCGUCGUAGUAUUAUAGCCAGUGACUAUCGAAACGCAUUAAUCCAUUUUGAUCGGAUCAAGCACACUCAUUCAUCCGUUUUAGCUUUACUCACACCGUUUCAGCUUAAAUGGUUUAUGCGUGCUGCAAUGAAAAAUACUCCAGGCUCACUGUCGCUAUCUUUUGCAGAACGGUGCCAACGUGCAGCUGAUAUAUUUGAAAUCAUGCUAGACAAUCAAGCCAAGCAUAAAGGAAAUAUUCCUGACAGCGCCUACUUUUACAUGAUUGAAAUAUAUGCCAAUCAAGGUGAUAUUGACUCUUUAGAGAUUUUAUUAGAGUCAAUGCGUCAAAAGCAAAUCAAGACUAAAACGCUAGAGACCAUCGGCCACCUUUCCAAAGCAUACAUUCGGGCUGCUGCACAUUCUGAAGCAUCUAUUUUUAGCCAUGAAUCUACUGGUCUUGCCUAUUUUGAAAAGCACCUGCUAAUUGAUAAACAAUCGGCAAGUCCUUACCACAGCAUUGCAAGAGCAUAUGCUAUGAAUGACGACGAAGACGCUUUGGUGGCAGUAUUCGAGUCACUGCAACAGUCUGGACGCGCAGUGGAUUCAGAAGCCUUGUCGAUCCUGUGUCGAUUUUUUCUGGAUAAAGGAAAGCAUGAUAUUGCUAGAGUGUAUCUAGACCAGUAUAUCUCCAGCUACUUACCUAAUACUAUCAAACUGGGAUUUCAAGUCACUCCAUUGCUUAUGUAUUACGAUGCAGUCAUUUCCAAUGAACUGGGCGAUCAUAAUCGGGCACUACACACAUUAUCGGACAUUGAAGAAAUUGUAGCAUAUGCUCGACUCGGUAAUUGCAACGCAGUAUGGAAAUGUUUUUCCAAAGCACUGCUUUUUCCGGAAACAUGCCAUAAUCGAGCCCUGCUGGCUAUAUCUAAAAUGCUGGGUCCGCUGGCUAUUCGACACGAUCAGCUCAUUGGCACACUUCACUCUGGAUCUGCGGUGCAAUCAAAACGACCAUCUACUAUCUUUGAUAUUCGAAUUGCAGCCAAAACACAUAAAUUUAUAUUCAAAAACGCAUUGAUCAAAAUUGCAGAAGGAUAUGUGACUGCUGGAGACCCCAAAUCAGUCUUGAUUCUUUUUGCAGAGUGUGUCAAAAUGGGAUACAAACUCCAUAUUCCUGCUCAUCGUAAAGUCGUAUUAGCUUUUAAAAAUGCUGGAGAUAUCAAAGGUGCUUUGGCAUACAUCCAACACGCCAAGAACCUACAGACCCAUCUGGUGUUUGAUACUGAAAUAUUUUAUGGGCUGUUGGUCGAGGCUAUGGUUCGAGAAGGUGAAGACGGUAAAGGAGUUGCUGAUGUACUUGAUGCUAUUGAAUUCAGUCAGAUGCCAGGAACAUCUCGGGAGUUAAUGACUGCCCGCGCAAAGGCUCGAUCGCAAGUUUUACUGCUUAAACAAAAGUGUAAUCAAUAA